AGGGGCAAAGUACGAUUUAUUUUGUUGUUACCAUGCAGAUGGAGAUUGCUACGGGUGUAAUGAGUUCCCUGCUCCUCAAGAUGGCAGAGCUACUUACUGAUGAAUACAGUUUGCAGAGAGGCCUAAGGGGUGAGGUCAUGUUCCUGAAAGCCGAGCUUGAGAGCAUGCAAGCUGCAAUGGAGAGGGUGUCGGAGGCACCUGUAAAUGACAAUCAGGUUAAUAUAUGGGCAAGUGAGGUGAGAGAGCUGUCCUACGACAUCGAGGAUAGCAUUGAUCAGUUCAUGGUGCGCGUCCAUGUCCAUCCAUCAACCACACCGGAGGGAUUCAAAGGAUUCAUCGCUAGGAGCUUGAGAUUGUUGGCAGAAGUCAAGACUCGGCAUCAGAUUGCCACAGAAAUCAGAGACAUGAGGACACUAGUCAAGGAGGUGGCUGACCGACGCAAUAGGUACAAGGUUGACAGUUCUGUCACCACUGCUUCUACUGCUCCAGAAAUUGACCAUCGUUUGCACGGUAUCUAUGAAGAAUCAGCAAAGCUCGUUGCAAUCAGUGGGCCAAGAGAAGAUCUAGCCGAAUUGCUAAUGGUGCGGGAGGGCGCAUCUAAGAAACUGAAAGUGAUCUCUAUUGUCGGAGUCGGUGGUUUGGGUAAGACGACUCUUGCUAAUGUGAUGUACCGACAGUUGAGGGGGCAAUUCGAAUGCAGUGCUUUUGUGCCAGUGUCUCUCAAGCCUGAUUUGAAGAGAAUCCUAUGCAGUAUACUCCGUCAAGUUAGUGAGCAAAUUUACACUAACAUUGAAACAUGGGAUGUUGUGGAAAUCAUCAACAAAAUCAGACAAGUUCUUGAGUAUAAAAGGUACUUCAUUAUAGUUGAUGAUAUUUGGGAUGAAUCAGCUUGGAAUUUGAUCAAUGAUGCACUGGUUGAUAACAACUGUGGUAGCAGAGUGAUCACAACAACUCGUGUAGCUGGGGUUGCUGCAUCAUGCUGCUCUCUUAAUGGUGGUACAGUCUAUAAACUAAAACCCCUUUCCCAUGAUUACUCCAAGAAGUUGUUCUACGAAAGAAUAUUUGGUCAUGAAGAUAGUUGCUACCCAGAACUGAAAGAAAUAUCUGAGAAAAUUCUGAGAAAAUGUUAUGGAGUGCCAUUAGCCAUCAUCACCAUAGCUAGUCUCUUGGCUAAUAAACCAAGGAAUAUAAAUCAGUGGGACAUUGUGCAUAGUUCCAUUGGUUCUGGAACUGAAAAGUUUCCUAGCAUAGAGAGCAUGCGACAAAUAUUAUCUAUCAGCUAUUAUGAUUUACCAUCUCAUUUAAAACCUUGCUUGCUGUACCUAAGUAUUUUUCCAGAGGAUUACACUAUUUUGACAGAUCACAUAAGUCAUUUACCUUCAACUGUUGUUCAACUAAGACGACUGAUGCACCUAUAUAUUGAACCAUCAGUAUUGCUACCACCAGGGAUUGGUAACAUGGAGUCCCUACAAUUGCUAACAUCGGUUAGCGUCAGUAGCUGUGCAAACUUCACAAAAGAAUUAGGCAGUCUAACAGAACUAAGAGUCCUCCAUAUUUCACUUGAUGGCACACUGCAUGAGAGCCACAAGAAUCCAUUGGUUGAUUCAUUAUGCAACCUGAAGAAAAUCCAAGAACUACACAUUGAUUCUACAGGAAUAUCUAAUGAGUUCGUUGUGGAUUUAGCAUGGUUUCCCCAGUAUCUCAAAAGUUUCUUAGGAAGGGUGCCUAGAUUGCCAAGGUGGAUGAGCCCCUUGCUAUCAGAUCUGACCACUCUGGUCAUUACACUCGACAUGAUACAACAGGAGGAUUUCCAAAAUCUUGGAGGCUUGCCAUUUCUGCAGUUCCUUUGUCUUACUGUUGAUUCUGCUGAAGAAAGGAUCAUCACUAGCACUGAUCAAGGAAAAUUCCAUAGUCUAUCUGAGUUUCACUUUCAUAAUGAUAAAAUGGGGCUUAUUUUUGCACAAGGGUCUAUGCAAAAUCUAAAAACCCUUGAGGUAACAUUUAGGGUGAGGGAGAGAAAGGAUGCAUAUGGUGAUUUUGAUUUUGGCUUGGAGAACCUCUCAGUGAAGCAUGUCAUCGCUAGGAUUCGCUGUACAGGUUCUACAGUAUGUGAGGUGGAGGAUGCUGAUUUAGCCCUGAGGAAGGCAAUUGAUUUGAACCCCAACCAUCCAAAGCUUGAGGUGAUCAGAUAUUACGAAGAUGAAAUGUUGGAGGAUGGACAACACUGGGGAAAAACAUUGGUAGAGGAGGACAACGAGAAAGUUGUCCUUCAAAGGAGAGGGCCAUGGGGUGGAGAUAGAGGUAGCACUCGCGACAUCAUGGUGGCACCCCAAAGUCUGAAAAGUGUGAAAAUUUGCAGUGCGGCAGUUGUGGAUGCAAUCAGCUUUUCUUACCUUGACAGAUAUGGGAGGGAACACAGCAUGCCAUUUUGGGGUGGUGUUGGUGGGAUGAUCCGAACGAUUGAUCUUGCCCCUUCAGAGUAUGUGAAGGAGGUUUCCGGGACAUAUGGGCUAUGCUCUCCUCAUCCGGACGUUGUUAUAACAUCACUCACCCUGGUGACUAAUUUAUGCAGCUAUGGACCUUUCGGCCAACCGACAGGGACCCCAUUUCACACUCGAGUAGACAAAACUGCCAGCAUUGUUGGCUUCUUUGGGCGGUCUGGGAUAUAUCUUGAUGCAAUUGGUGUUUAUGUUCGCCCUUCUAAAUCAUAGCUACUGCUUUCUUGUAUCCUUUGACUAACUGUUAUGGUUAAACUACAAUAUGCAUUAUUGACGAUUUCAUCAUAUUCCAAAUGAUGAAUAUCCCUGGUGGCUCUA